UUCCUUCUAGGAAGUUUCAGAGAGUUAUUGUGGCAUCGGGUUUUGUCCUCCAUUGCACUUCAAGACAGAGUGGAGUUUCUUAACACUUUCGGUUCUUUUCCCUACAGAAGCGUGCCCCCUACCGCUCAAAAAAAGACGACUGCACUGUGCGUAAAGCAUAAAAAAAAAAGAGGGGGGAAGCCUUCAAAAAGAACCAAGUAACAUAUUUGUUAUUUGUCUCCUGCUUAGGCAAGAAAAGAGUCCCCUCUGAAGUUUGUAUCUCAGGAGCGGUAGCCCGGAUUUCCUCCAUUGACGCCACCAGGCAGUUAUGGCGGAGGAAAAACAGCGAUGCAAACAUUCGGCCAUAGUUUGCUUCCCAGUGAAGACAGACGUCCAAGAGCGCUAAACUGAAGAGGAAGCUGCCUCCUCUCCGGCUCCAGAAGGGGCACUGGCUAACGGUUCUGCCUGUUUGCCCCCAGGCCAAUCCCCGCCUCUUAGCCCGUGGAUAUUAGCGGGAGGAAGAGUUUGGCUGGUGGAGGUCGGCCGUUUUGGUUUUGUCCAUCCCAGCCAUGUCUGCUUGGGUCACCGUGGCGGAGGGACGCUGGCUGCUGCUCUUGUUGGCAGCCGCGCUCAUCCUUCUCUACGCGGGCUUCGUGCGGCGCGUCACCGGGACUUCGCGCACUGCUUUCCACCGGCGGGAGUCCGGCCGGGGCGAGAAAGGCGGGAGGCCGCUUGCAGACCCGUGGAAUCCCAGACUCUCUGGCUUCUCCCUGCGACUUUGUGUACACUUGGCUAACACUGCAUUUGGACAAAUUUUUUUAGUGCCACUUCUAAUGCGGGUCAACAACUUAACAGCCCUGCGCUACCUUGAUAUUGCUGAAGACCCUACUUUCAUGCCAGUGGUCGCUGAGGAAGAAAAAAAUGGCAGUUCAAUCUCUGGAAAUACCUUCGAGAUACUUCAAAAACUGUUGGAAAUAAGAUCAUGUUCUGCUAGCCCUACAUUCAGCUUCAAGGGGAUCCAGGAUUAUUUGAACUGCUACCGAUCUGGGGAGGUAACCCCUCUUCAAGUUGCCAGGAACAUUAUUGCUGCACUGGAAGUUGCUGAGAAAUCGAGUCCCAACCUCAGAGCAAUUGUUCAGUGGGACCAGGAGGAGAUAAUCAAAAUGGCUCAGGACUCCACCACUCGCUACAGAAGGAAGCAACCCCUCUCUCUUUUGGAUGGAAUCCCAGUGUGCUUGAAGGAGGAGAUUAAAGUGCAGGAAUUCAGCAAAAACAUGAAGGAGAACCAUCCGCAGAAACAAGCAGCAUUUUAUAAUGAACAGCAAGGAGGGGGCCACAGACUGAACUUGCCUGCAAGAAUCACUGAUGCAGAGCCCAGAGAAUGUGCAACAUUGCCCACACAGACAGGAUGCCUUGUGCUACAGCCAGAGGAGACAAAUGGAUACCAUGGUACAGCUCGGAACCCCUACAACCCCCAGUACUUCACUGGUGGCAGCUCCAGUGGGUCAGCAGCGGCUGUGGCUGCAGGCCUCUGCCCAUUGGCUCUUGGUACAGAUGGGGGUGGUUCUGUGAGGAUCCCUGCAUCUUUCUGUGGCAUUGUGGGACUGAAAGGUACAUUUGGACGUAUCAGUGGCUUUGGCUGUCACCCCCUCUCAUAUUCAACUACAAGCCUUGGCCCUCUCUGUGCUUCAGUGGUAGACGUGGUUGUUGCUUAUGCUAUCCUGGCUGGUCCAGAUCCCCACUAUUCAUAUGGAUUAUGCCAGCCCAAACCCUCCCUCUCUGAAAUCCUCACACCUGAUCUGAAGGACUUGAAGUUGGGGAUUGACUGGACUUUCUUUAAGGCUUGUGAUGCCGAAAUCCUAGCUAUCUGCCAGAAAGCUGUGAAGUUCCUAGAGAGUUUAGGAGCCACAGUGGUUGAUGUGUCCCUGCCAGAAAUGGAAGAGGUCCGCGUGGCUCAUGUCAUCUGCAUCCUUAGUGAGAUGAGAGAUUUCCUGCAGCCUGACUUCAACAAUCACUUUGACCAAAUGAAUUUGGAGACUCGUCUUAAUCUUGCACUUGCUUCUCAGUUCACAGCUCUGGAUUAUAUUAAGGCAAAUCGACAACGGAGCCGCACCAUGGCCUUUCUGCGAGAGACUUUUGCAAAUGUGAACUGUCUUCUUACUCCAGGUACUGCAUGCUGUGCCCCAAGAAUCCAGGACUCUGAUCUCCUGACUGGGUGUAGUGAUGUUCGGACAACAUUCCGGACCGUGAGGUUCAUGCAUCUGGCCAACUUGACAGGCGUUCCAGCAUUAGUGGUGCCAGUUGGAUAUACUAUUUCAGGGCUUCCCAUCAGUAUUCAGAUCAUGGCAAAGUGGUGGGACGAAGCUCUGCUGUUCCGGAUUGGUCUGAAGCUGGAGCAAUUUCAUGGCAUAACAGCAAAACCAGCCGUUUAUUAUGACAUUCUUGGGUAACAGAGUCAGCUGUUAGGUUCUACCCUUGAUCUAGUCCAAAGUGAAUAGUUUUUAACAUCUGAGGUUCUGGGUGACCUAUGGCAGAACAGAAACUUAUUCUGGUCAGAGUCCGUCUAUUAAAAUGUGCUUCGAAAUUUGAGGAAUAUUAAGCAAUAACUUGUUAAAGAAAUUGAGAUAGUUUGAAGUUUUAGAUUUGUACUGAUCAUAGAGCCAGUAUACCCACCCACAGGCACACAAGCUGUUGCAGAGAGAUGUCACUGACUCUUUGGGAUGGGCCAUAUUGUAGUUUCGGGUUGUUUCAAAACAUUUGCUUCUUGUAGUCAGCAGAGACGGUGUAGGCUAGGGGUGGGCAUCCUCCUCCAGAUGUUGGACUGCCAUCAGCCACCAACUAGCAUGGCUAAUAGUCAGGGAUGGUGGGAGUUGUAGUCCAACACCAUUUGGAGCAUCACAGCCUACCCCAGGGAUGGGGAAUACAUCAUCAUAGGUUGUAUUUAAUUUUCCUGCUUGAGCAAAGGGACAGGAUUUUGCUACAAGGACUGACAUGCUUUGGCAGAAGCCCAACAACUCCUUGCAUCUAGUGACAUGCAUUUAGUUUAGCAAAACUGUACGGUUCUAUUUCAAAGGAGAAAACUGUAUUUUGCUAUUGGCUCUAGUACAAAACGUUUGCUAUAGUUGCAUCUGCUGCUAAGUGUCAUAAUACACAGUACCUUGGUUUAGGAAAAUCACUGACCAUAUAGGAUUUAAGACUUGUGUGAUGCAGCCUCCUUCCCAUUUCUGUGAGCUGGAAAUUUUAGUUAGGGUAUUUGAUCACAGUGAAUGCUCCUGGGCCUAGAAUUAUUCCUUAUACAGCAGAGGCAAGGAGAAAUAGGUGCUCUGAAUUCAUAAUCCUCCAAAUGAAAUGAGCUAUACCAAAAAGCUGAAGAUAUGCUAUACUAGAAAAACACCCAAGGCUACAAAAGCCCAUUUUGCCUCUUUGUUUUUUAGAGGUGGAAAUUAUAAUAUUUGAACCAUGCUCAGGAAAGAUGGUGUUCAGGCUCUUGCAGAGUAAGUGCUUUCUUUUGUAUGUAAACUAAAUGGAAUAGAUAAGGUAAUCUUAUACUUAAGCUGUUGUCAUGUAUUAUGGUGGCAUAAAAAAACUGCUUGUUCCUAGAUAAAUGUAUGUUGUCUUAUUAAAACAUUAGAAAUGGUUA